AGUGCGAGUAUGGAGAGAUAUGUUGUGGUAAAGGGGACGAAGUCUAUUGCUCAAACAUGAGCAGCUGUAGUGGGUUAUGUGGCGGGAAGAAAUGUGAAAAAGGAGAAAUUUGCUGCAAAGAAGAAUGUUCAAGUUCCUGUGUAACUCCGUGUGAAAAUCAAAUUUGUAACGACGAUCAGUUUUGUUGCGACAUGAACGGAAAUUUUUCUUGUAGCGAUUUACCUUGUCGAAUAACUACAACAGACUGCAACAAGACAACAUGUCAAACAAACCAAUUUUGCUGUGACGUCAACGGGUCCCUAAUUUGCCAAAACAGAACUUGCCAAACUAAAUGUGACGAUCAUGCGUGUUCCAUCAACGAGUCGUGUUGCUCAGGCGAUGUCCCUUACUGUAGUAUGGACCCGUGUCUUUUAAAAUGCGGAAACAAGCAUUGUGAAGCGGGUGAAAUCUGCUGUGGCGAUAACACAAAGUUUUGCAGCUCCAACGCUGUUUGUCCCGAGCUGUGCGGAGAUAGUUUUUGCCAAAAAAAUGAAAUUUGCUGUAAAAAUGAUAAGCCUUAUUGUGAAAGUGGAACAGAAUGUCUAAAACCAGCACCGACAUUAAGCUGGGGCUUUAUAAUGCUUCUGAUGGGAUUGGUCUUACUUAUUGUAUGUGCGGCACUGAUCUUGCUUGGGUAUGGACGUCAACGUACGAAUAGAAGACGUUGCAGGCAAGAAAGAGCUGAUGACGUUGAAAAUACACCAGAAGUUAACGACGAGAUACCUGGUGGAGAUUCCCAUAAAGAGCCGAUGCUUAAACCUGAUCAAUAGGUCGUUGACGUCAGCAAGACUCCAUUAUAAAACAUAGAGGAGCUACUACGCAUAAUUCCAACCAACGCUAUUUUGUACAAAAAGCUUCAUGUGGUUCUUGACGCAUUGCAUGCGGUUCUAGUACGCGGCAGUUUUAUACCGAAUAAUGACGUAUGUUGCAUUGCAUGAAAUGUAUACAAUAAAUGCAGGUUUGCAAAUA